UAAUAAUGCCGCAAAACGUCUCCAAGGCGUCUCACGCACACAUUUGCAAACAGCCAUCAAUAAAUCAAUGCCAGAUAGUUUAUCCAGUUCUGGAACGACUAGCAUCAGGGCAGCCACGCCGCUGUUAACAAUGAUGCGUUUGCUUUGUUGGAAAGUUAUAUUUCGAUUUAUUCGUCUUCAUUCUGCAUAAGUUAUGGGGAGCUACUAUGUGGAACAAUAAUUCGUAAUAAAAAAAAUAAAAGUAACCAUCAGGUUGGGGGGGGGGAAAGGCCCCCACGCACAUACAGAGAACAGCAAUGAUAAUCCAUAUUCCCUUAAAUGGCUAGGAGGUGAGAUGCAUAAUGACAGAGCACAGAAAGGGUUCACUACUGUACUGAUCCACACCAUACAUUUAAAGUACAUGGCUUCCCCCCAAGUAAUCCUGGGAGCUCUUGUUUGUUCAUGGUGCUGGUAAUUGUAGUUCUGUGAGGAGUAAACUCAAUUUCCCAGGAUUCUUUGGGGGAAGCCAGGUGUGGAUGUGGCAGGUGUUAACGCCAGCAGCAGGCAGGCCUCACUAGGGAGAUCAUUCCAUUGAGUUUAUACAUCUCGCCUUAUUUACAUUUAUUAAACUUUAUUAAACAAAGCUUUACUUCAAGGAGCUCAGGUUAGCAUAAGUGGUUCAUCUCCACCCUCUCUUUAUCCUCACAAGCCUGUAAGGUAGAAAUGGUCAGAGGCAACGAGUAGCUCAGAGGCACAGUCAUCUUCUGGCCAAGCAUGGCUUCAACCUGGGCUACCCUGGUCAUAGUACAACCAUCUUCGUGGUGCAGUUGUCUACACACUGCAUACCCUCCAACAUGCCACAGAGGGGAAAAGGGGGAAUCCGUCUUUCGGGGUCUCACUUCGACACGAGUCAGGUGACUCGCAUGGAAGCACAGCCCUCCAAAAUGUGUUUUUGGGGAGGCUGCACUCAAAAACAGGACAUCCAGGGAUCAGUUGAGUAGUAUGUACACAGUUACCUGGGAGUAAGUCACAAUAAAUUCACUUCUGAAUAAAGACAGGUCUCGCUAUAUAAACACAAUGCAUUCUCGGGAAGUCAGGCAAGCAUUUGCAUAACGAGUCAACACUUUCCAUUGCUUCCAAAAUGAUGGGCAAAACCAGGAAAACCCUCUGAAACUGCAAAAGGCAAACAAAUGCUCUCUUUGUCCAAUCUCUCCCCAUCCAUCCCUCCCUCCUACCAUGUGAAUCUGCUGCUGUGGAACAGCAAAACACAAAAAAGUAAGGCUGCUUAUUUGUUUACAGUAAUGCAUGCAGGUCUGGCUGUUUGGAUAUCCGAAUCUGCGGUGCAUAUUUUUGUUUGGGUACAAAUUCCUCAUGUUUGGAUCAGUGAAUUUUUGUAUAGUGAGUGUUUGGAUAGCAGGACUUGUGUUUGUGUAUUUAUAUAGGAUUGCAUUGUAAAUCAACUUUCCCAAUCUGGUACCCUCCAGAUGUUUUGAACAUCAUCAGCUCCAGUCAACAUAGCUGCCCAGUGAUGUCCCUGGGGCUGAUGAGAGUUGUAUUCUAAAACAUCUACAAAGCACCAGGUUGGCAAAAGUUCUAACCACUAUACUACACCACACCAGCAGUCUUUCUGUCACACACUCUCAGGGAAGCUAACAGUAAAAACAUCAUAAUAUUAACAAUAAUAAAAGUAUUGCCUUAAUUUAGAUUUAUUAAUUACUUAGUUCAGAUCUCAUCUCUGCUAUGAACUCAGGUGAACCACCUGCAAUCCAGGAGGGGAUGUGUGUAUUGUGAGGAUCCCUGAGUGCAGGCCUUUUUCCAACUGGCUUAUGCAGGCAGGGUCCUGACUGACUCCAGCUACAAAAGCUGAGGUUGUUGAACAGACUCUUGGGCUGGGGUGUGGUUUCAGUUUUUGGUUGGGAGGGGGUUGCUGCUGUUGGUUUAUUGUAUUUUUAUUUAAGAUCUCAUUUAUGUUCAGUUUCGUGGUAUAUUUUUUAAUGUUUUAUUGUUUAUAUCUACUUUUAUUAUGUUGUAGUUAUGUGUUUUUUCAUAUUGUAAGUGUCUUGAACUGUGCUUGAACUGUGGAAACAUGGCAUACAGAUAAGGUUAUGUAUGUAUGUAUGUAUGUAUGUAUGUAUGUAUGUUUGUAUCUGGAGAAUGCAGGUGAAGGACUCGGAACCUUUAUAAAAAAAACUGAGGGACUGAGGGUGUGCAGGUGGGUAGAUCACAUUCCCCCCCUCUCUCUCUUCAAAAUCCAUUCCUGACACUUGAAAAUCCUCAGAAUGCUAGUUCAAAAGGAGAUUUAAGGUUCAGUUGCUUCUGCUGAGUGUGAAAUGAGGUUUUUAAAGCCCAACACAGUGCUAUCUAUGACAGAUUGCCAGUGUGCGAAGACUGAAAAAUGUUAUAACUCAUCUAUUCUCUCUAUCUCGCAGACUCGUCAGGCCAACUCUUGACCAAGCCCUGCUAACACUUCCCAUCUGUGCCUAAGAAUGGGGCCCCUUUCCCCGCCCAUCAUCCUUACAUCCAGUGGAUGCUGCUGCUGUUGCUCUCUCUCUCUUUUGUUAAUCCUCCCCCAAACCCGAAAAUAAAUAUUUAAGGCAGUGCCAAGACCCCUUGUUUGUUUCAGUCAUAGCUCUGGAAUUCAUGGUAUGAGGCAAGGCAGAGGCUUCAGUGUGUGGAGGCAAACUGGAUUUAUGCUUUGCAUCUUUGGCCAUGAAGGCUGCAGCAGCCACUGUGUUCAUCCUCCUGACCACUCUUUCUCUUAGGUCUACAGGUAAGAGUGGAGGCACUGAGGGAGAUGAAAGGCAGCCUCCACCCUGAACAAUGCUAAUUUGCUUUUAAGAGGCAAACGCCAGCAAGCUCCUCCACCAUUACACUAGUCUUCUGCUUUAUUUUUAAUUUCUAAAAUGUUAUGUCUUUUUGUUAUUGGAAUGCUGUGCCAACCAUCAGCACCAGUGCUCCUCUCAUUAUUUAUUAUUUGUUUGGUAAGCGUUGGGGUGGGGAAGCCGUGUUGUUGGGAACAAAGCAAGAAAGAGAGGGGUUGAUGGGGGUUGGAGUCCAACAACAUCUGGAGGGAGACGGGUUCCCCAUCCUUGUUUUGCAGCGUCCCUCUCCCUUACAGGCAAUGCAUAUCACCUGACUUGUUUCAAAAUGUGGUACUCCUGCUUUGAGGUGGGGACUCCUGCUCAUUCUGCCACGUGGGGCCUUGACUUCUUCCCCCAAAACCUGUCCUGAUGUCUCUGCCAUUCAUCAAUGAUGCGCAGACUGCAUAGCAUGUUUUUGUUUUGUUUUUCAAAUAGGGACCAGCCGUUUCUGCUCCUCAACUUUCUUCAUUGCUUACCUUCAAGCUUCUCAGUUUCUACCCUAUUCAUAAUAUUGCCUGCUCUUUCUGUUCUUGCAGGGAAGAAGUUCCGAUGGUGCACCCUUUCUGACCUGGAGCAGAGGAAGUGCUCAGAGCUAUCCAAAGUGCUUCUGGCAGUGUUGCCUCCUGCCACGGUCAACGCCUUCGCCAGGGUUUCCUGCAUCAGAGCUCACAACACUUACGACUGCAUUGACAAGAUCAGAGUGAACAAAGCUGAUGCUGUCUCCUUAGAUGCUGGAGAUGUGUAUUCAGCUGUGAAGCUUUAUGGCUUGACUGUGGUGGCAAAGGAGAUCUAUAUGGAAGGUAACUGUGUGUUUGCUGUAGCUGUGGCCAGACGAGGAACGCUGGAUAUCCAAAGGCUAAAAGGGAGCCGCAGUUGCCACAAUGGAGCCAGGUGGACCUCUGGUUGGAACAUCCCUUUGGGCUUCCUUCUGGUUAGGAAUGACCUCGUAUGGGAUGAAGACCAGCCCCUCAGCCACAUCGUCGGUGGUUAUUUCAAUGCCAGCUGCAUCCCCGGCAUCGGAGUCGCCUCUCCGCAGCUCUGCUCCCUUUGCCAAGGACAGAAAUCCUACAUCCAGGACAAGAACCACUUCUGUGAGACCAGCGGUGGCGAACCCUUCUCUGGUUCAGAUGGGGCCUUCAGGUGCUUGAAGAUUGGGGUGGCAGAUGUUGCUUUCCUGGAUCACCUGGCCAUCAUGAACGCCACAGAGCCAGAACAAGAAGAAUAUGAGUUGUUGUGUCCUGAUGGGUCAACAGGUCCUAUGACUGCUUACGCUGCCUGCAAUCUGGGCCGAGGUCCAGGACGGGCCAUUGUCACGCGCCACAACUUCAAGAAGAUCGCCAAGAAGUUUCUGACUGUCAUUCAGCACCUCUUUGGAAAGAAGGGAAGAGAGAAGGCCAGAUUCGAGCUUUUUGCCUCUGCGCCAUUCAGAGGGAAGAACCUGCUCUUCCACGAUGCGACGCACCACUUCCAGCUUGUUGAUGAGGAGGCUGAAAUCACCCACAUUCUUGGCCUGGAUUAUGUUGCUCUGCUGCAGGGCUUGGGCCAUGAAGGGAGCUCCCUGGCCAACAGCCUGGUCCGCUGGUGUUGUAUCAGCAACGCUGAACUCCGCAAAUGUGAGGAGUGGGCUCUGAAUGUCAGGUCACACCCGCUGGUCUGUGUCCAAGCAAACUCUAUGGUCAACUGCAUUGAGCUGAUCAAGAACAAUGAGGCAGACGCCGUUACACUGGACGCCACACAUGCCUACUUUGCAGAGAGAUGCGCGCUUGUUCCUGUGGCUGCAGAAUGUUAUGGAGAAGAAUGUACUUCAGCUCAGGGAGAAGAGGAAACUGAGAAGCCAGCCCACCUUACAGUGGCCCUUGUCAAGAAGAAUGCCAAGCAUGUGAACAUCUACAAUCUGGGGAGGAGGCGCUCCUGCCACAGCCAUGUGUACAGUCCAGGAGGGUGGCUCCUCCUUGCCCAGUACACGGUGGGGGCUCAGGAGAAUGGCACUGCCAACUGCAACCUCAGCUCUGCUUACGAGAAUUACUUCUGGAAGGGGUGCAUGCCAGGAGGUGGUGGGAACCUUUGCAAAGUCUGCAUUGGGCAAAAGGAGGCGGAGGGAGGAAGGGGGUCAUCCAGAUGCGCAGCCAAUCACAACGAACUCUACUAUGGAAACCUGGGUGCCCUCAGAUGCCUCUUUGGUGAUCCCAGUGGAAGAAGUUUUGGUGAUGUGGCUUUUUUAGAACACCAUAACCUGCUCCAGAAUAUUCAGUACCUGGAUAGCUCAGGCUGGGCAAAAGGAUGUUCUCCAAGUGACCUUGAACUCCUGUGCCUCGACGGCAGCCGCGCAAAUGUGACAGAAUGGAAAGUCUGCAACCUGGGCCUUGUCCCUCCCAAUAUAGUUGUGACACGCCCCGUAACUGUAGCAAAGGUCUAUGACUUCCUGGUGAAGUCACAGGAACAAAGCGUAGGCUUGACCUUUCAGCUCUUUCAAUCAAAGGCGUACGGUGAAAGUGACCUGCUCUUUAAAGAUGCCACUCGGCAGCUCAUUCCUACAAGCCACCUGGACUAUGAGACAAUCCUUGGGGAGCCCUUCUUCCAGCUUGCAGAGUCUGUUUUCAACUGCACACCUGCAGGCAUCCUGGACUACUGCAAACAAGACACUUGCAUCUAUUCAGAGCAACACUGAUGUUGUUUCUAGGGAAACUCCCAAAAUAGAAGUGAGACUGCAGUGGAAGAUUUGAUGCAUUCGCCAGGAAGGCAGAGAAUUGCCAGGAGGCUCUGUGGGCUUCAUCAGUGGCUGGCUGUUUUCCUUAGGAAACAUAUGCAAGGUGGGUUUAGUACACCAGCUAAUACUAGAAUGUCACCCGCGUUGGUAGCCAGCCUGCGGUACCAC